AAGAAAGAAGGCGGGUUGCGAGGUUGAGGUACCAACAAGAGGUCUGUUGACGGUGGCCUUUACCCUGCGGGAAGGCGCCGCUCCUUAGUAAUAAAUACCUUUGGUUCUCGGGCUGUUCGGCCGGCGCUGAGGGACAGGGAUGCCGAAGCGCUCCUGCCCGUUCGGGGAGUCGGCCCCGGUGCAGCUGAAGACCCGCGUGAGGCUGAGGGAGCUGAGCCAGGGCGUCAUGGGCGAGCGGUACCAGCGCGAGAUCUUCGAGAAAACAAAAGAGCUGCUCUUCAGAGGUGCCCAGGCUUAUAUGGAUAAUUCGUGCAGCACAUGCAGUGAGAACACAGCGGGAACCUGUCUAAAUGCGGAAUACCCAGAACCACUUGCAAGCAAACCAGGAGGUUGUUCUCAGCAUAGGUGUAAUGGACAGAUGUUAAUUGGGCAGGAUGGAAAACUUCGGCAGCCUUGUGCAAGCGAAACAGCCUUGCCGGUAGGGGUUUCGGUGGCCUGCUCCUCCUGUGUAAGGACCAUGGACAUCAAAGAAGCCUGCACGCAGUGCGACCGGUACAUAUGCCAGAACUGCAGCCAGCUCUGCUGCAGCUGUAAUGCCGUUGUUUGUUCCUUGUGUUCAGUCACAGAGACUGAUGAUUUUGGUGAGCGAAUCCUCUGCAAUGGCUGCCUGAUGUUUAAGGACUCAAAUGCUUGAAACAGCAGUGCCCUGUUUUAUGGACACAUUCUCUGGGACCUGUAAAAAAGCAUUUUUAAUAGCUGGACAUUUUUUCCCUAGUGUGUGAUAUGUUGGAUUGCCUUUUUCUAAAAUAUUAUAUUUCUAUAAGUGUAGUUUAAUGAAAUAAACAUUUUAUAUUUUUAUAAGAUCUGAAUUUUGUGUGACCUGGUUAAACUUAAAUCUCUUCUGGAGGGUAUAUUUUACUAGCCUUGCAUCUAUUUUGGUAAUGCAAAUGAAGAAUAUCUUCCUCUGGUCCCUGGAGAAUGUAAAUUUGAUUGAACAUAUUAGUUGUAAACUUAUUUAUAGCAUCUGUUGAAAAGCUGUUUUGGCUUAUUAGCAUUUUGUCUUUGCAGUACCUACUACUCCUUACAAAAAGGUUAUUUCUAGAUCUGGUUUCUAAAUGAUAAACUCUAACCCAGUUCUUUAGUUACUCUUGCUCACUUGUAUAUUGCUAGCUGUUUAUUUUUUAAAAAAUAAACUACUUUUAACUCUCUUCUCCCAAGUAAAGGUGUUGGACAAGUAUGAAAAUCUGAAACCAUAAGAGAAUUGCAUCGCAACAGAGAUAUGCUAGAAUUACUGGAAAGUUAAUUUUAUGAAAAAUAAUACGAGGCUGAGGUGGAUUGUAGAAUGUCUGCAGUUCUCAUAGGUAAACAGAUUGUGUAUGAAAACAGCCCCGGGAUUCUUAAUAUCCAAAUCUGUCCUAAGAAAAUCAUCCCUGCCUCUAUUCAGUAAUGGUUUUGGUGACUGUCAGACUGGCAUAUGAGGGUACUUCAUGCAGCUGUUGGCCCAGCUGUUCUAAUAUUGCCUACUCUGGUACUGCCACUUUCAGUUCAGGCAGAGAUUUUAACAGCAAUUCUAGGUGUUCAUUGAACCCGGCGGCUUUACACAAAGCUUGUAUCCUGUCAGAGAGCUAAGGGCUACCUUUUGAUGUUAUUUAUAUGUAUCCUAUAUGCAAUUUAUGAAACCAAACUUUGAUUCAAAGCCUAGGUGAGACCACGGGUUAUGAGAAAGAACUUGCUUACUUGGGUCUAGCAAGAGCUGCUAACCUAAAUAAAACCUUGAGGUUUAAAAUCAGUAUACCUUUGGUCACCAAUCCUUUAGAAAAGGGUUCCUCAAGAUGGUUUCUGUAGGUGUCGCAGUACUUGUGAGGUUCUUCCACCAAUCCUUGUAACGGGAUCACCAAGGUGGCAACCUGAAGCACCUGUGAAGUGUUCACUCUUUCCCAUGGUAACAUAUGCAAAUAGAUUUGUAUAUGCACAGCAGUGAAAUCCAUGCAACAAAGAAUCCCCUGGAAGUUGGCAUUAUGUCACCCAUUCAAAUACUGAAGGUAUUUUAAAAUCCUUGGGCCACUGCAUUAAGAGCUGUUGUAAUAUUAGUCUUUCAGCUGUCAGAAGGCAUGGAGAAUUCAUUUAUGUUUAAUCGUGUACGUCAGUAAAUACUGCAACCUGAUCCAGUACACAAUUUAUCCGUAUAAUUUACCUCCUACCGGAAAGAAGCAACUACUGGGGUUGGCUAAAACCGUGUGUGUAAAAGAAGCACUAUCUUGAAUGCAUUGCCACUAAUUAGCUGAAUGGGACAAUUCCUUAUUAGAUGCUGCAGCUUUUGUUGAGUAAGAUGUAGCCAAAAAUCUAUACACAGAACAGGUAGACAUGGCUGCCCACAGCAGUUCCUCCAAGUGCCAGAUAUGCUUGCAGGCCUGGAAAAAACCUACAAUCAGUGCCAAGGCCAACAUGUACAUUUCUCUGUUGGCGGUAGACUGCUCCGGAUGGAUCUUUACCUGAUCUACAGCAAGAGAAUACGAAGCGUGUUGGCCUCCCUUUUCCUUUGCCCUUGAUAGCAGUGUGCAGCGUAAGGGCUAGAGCUUGCGAUUUUGCUAGCUCUGUCUGCAGGCAGGUGCCUGCUGUGUCAGAUGCUCACGAGCUGGUCCACUGAAGCUGGAUGCUCAGGCUGUGACUGCUGAGCACUGCUCUUCCUCAAGAGGGAAGGCGCAGUCAGAUCAUUCAGCUUGAGGCAAAACCAGGUUGAGAUUUAGCAGAGAAGCAAGUAGAGAAGCAGCUACAACGGGCAGUGAAAAUAAAAGGCAUGUGGGAUUGAGGAUUAUUUAUAGUUAAAGGGUAAUGUGGCCUAGUAUCAAAAGCAGAGAUGACCAAAAAGAGCAAGGCAGAAAUCUAAGCCUCCGCUCUGCCUUGGGACAGACCUAGAGAGCUCUGUUGUACGAUUGUUGUUAACUUACAUUAUUAUUUAUUCAAAGCUUUUUAUCUUUUUCUUCAGCUGAGAGCACAAGAACAGCCCACAAACAUCAGAAAUUGGCAUUUGCAAUCUUAAAAGGCACAACACAAAAGGAAAGACCAUGGGGAGGGAGGAGAAAAGCAGGUCAGAUUUUUAGUUGCAAAAUUCAGCUGCUGAAUGCAAGGACUGCUGCUUCAUCUCCCAUUGAUAGCCUCCAUAGCAGCAGGUGAUAGAAUCCCCAGGAUGCAACUGAAAGUCACUUCUGGUGUGCCACAGAGGUUCUGCUAGGAUAAAUUCUGUGCAUGUCUUGUUUUCCAUCAGAAUUAUGACACAAAAAUUGUGCGCCAUUUCUCUGCAGAACAGAGGCCCCACAGCUUGUCCAAUAGCUUUUUGCUGGACUUUGCAAGCCCCAGUCUUAGCAGCAGACAAGAUGUGCAUUCCCUGUCCAUCGUGAUUUGAACACCACUAUUUCUUGUGUCAACAUGCAGCCAGAAAAAGGCUGGGGGGGGGCAGUGCAGCCCCCCGCAACCUCUGCCUACCCUUCCCCUGACUGCAUGAGUCCCCAGGGGAAGAGGGGAACUCUACUAGCUGUUGUUAGCAUGUGACUCAAAAAAGACCCACAUUUUAGUCCCCUACUCAGCCAGGGAGCUCACUGGGUGACUUUAGGCUAGGUAGUGACUUAGACCCUACUUAACCGGGUUGUUGUGAGGAUAAGACAGGAGGAGUAAAUAAACUGCCUUGGGAACCUUGCAGCAAAAAAGACAGAAAUAUAAAAAAUGUGUAAUGUCUGUUUUUAGAAGAAUAAGAAUUGAACUAAAGUUCAAUUCUUGGUUUCUUACCCCCCUUUACAUAUUUAUAUAAGCCACUAAUGGGCUUAUAUAAAUAAGAUAUAGAUGCAACAGAUUUCUGGCUACCUCCCUACCCUGGCCUAACGCUGUUCUCACCUGCCAUUGCUUUGGUUGUGGCUUUGCAUUUUCCAAGCCAUUUCAAACAGAGCAUUUCCACCUGUAACUGAAAUUGGGACACUUCUUCCCGGGCUGUACUAGGUGGGACCAGAGGGGACCUUACUGUGUCCUUUCCCUACAGGCUUCAAAUUCCCACAGCUGGAUGUGAUGUUGACUGCAUGCAAGAAGCUGCUCCCACUUCGACAAGCAUAAAACUCCCAUCCAUCGAGGCACUUGCACUGUCUGCGGUCAGUGAGACAUCCAGGCUGGUUUUUCUGCACAGGAGCGUGAUGUUCCUCGAGUGCAUCGACUCCUUCAUCUAAACUGCUCAACUUGGCCAAUUAGACUGAAGCGGCAGGUGAGGCAUCAUUGCAUUCCAAACCAAGGCAAAGUCCUCUUUGCCUGUGGCUUUGAAUGCUAAACUAGGAGUUCUGGGGUUCAUCAGUGCUGGGGCAGCGGAUUCCCUUGCAAAAUGACUUUGUGGGGAGGGAAAGGACUUCCCCCAUUCCUAAAAUGACUCUAUGGUAGUAGGCAAGAGCAGUUGCAAAACACUCAUUUCCUAGAUGCUAAACUGAUGAGACAACGUUGCCCAAGAGGUGGCGAUAUGAGUUCAAAAUAGGAAACCACUUCUUUGAACCUCUGAAAAGAUGCGCUGGAGGGUAAAAUGGCACCUAGAAGUGUGUUAGCUUCCACUAAAAAAUAAUUUGGAAUAUUUAAUAAAAAUCAAGAGCAGAAAGACUUGCGAGUGCCAAGAGAGAUUAUGUGGUACAGUAAAUGAGUACAUUGUUUUUGCAUGUGAGCUACCUCUGGAAUUGCCAUGUACAGUAGCACACUUAUUAACUGGGACUGAACUGGUGGGAUAUUUCUAGUUAGUUGUUUCUAGGCAAGUUCAGAGUUCUCACUUCUAAUCAAUAAAACAUCACUCAUUUCCCUUUUCUGUACCAGAAGAAAACUUUAAGAGGCCUGGACAAAUCAGUUUUCCAUUUCAUUCUUCUGCUAGAGUUUUUGCCAUUGUUUCCUAGGAUUUGUUCCAUGGAUUUAACUGCUCUGUAAGAUGCUCUGAGUCUACAAGAAGAACUGCUAAUAAAUAACUUCAAUAAAAUAA